AUGGCAAAUUUCCUUAAAACUUUGAGACAUACACGUGGGAGAGUAUCACAAUUAGUGAGAGAAUUAUUAAUUAUCCUAUGCCAAUCAUGUAAUGUGGACGACGCUGCCACAAAUGUAAUCGCGAUGUGGAUACGCAGGGUGGAACCGUUAACUUCUGAUUGGUACAUUUUAGCAGCAAAAAUCAACCCAUCCCAAAAAACAACAGAAGCUAUUGAAGAAGUAUUUAAUAGUUUAGACCCUACCCUUUUUCAACAAGCACAUAUUGGCUGUAGAGAACGCCCUAUGGAAGGAACCCAUUCGUACCCGGACUAUAAGAAAAUUAUAAUAGAAAAGUGGUAUAUACUUGGGUUACAAAUAAUUCCCAGUGAAACGACCAUAAAUGAAAUGAAAUUGAUAAUAGAAAAAUAUGGUGUACCAAAAAAUCCAUCAGAAAAAAAGUGGACCUAUUUAGAUACAAACUAUAAAGGGUUGCCAUCAAACAGCGAAAAUAUUAAAUUGGAAACCAGGAACAGAUUUAAACGCAUCAUAUGUGCGCCUGUGGUUGAAUCCGACAAACCACCUACAGAAAAGCGGAGUAAAAACGUCAAUCAUUGUGAUGGGCCAGUUGUUAAACCCGACAAACCACCUACAAAACCAACAAAAAAGCAGAGUAAAAAGGUCGUCAAUCGUUGUGAUGAGCCUGCAUUUGAACCCGACGAACCACCGCCUACAAAAAACCAGACUGAAAAUGAGCCUGCAUUUGAACCCGACGAACCACCGCCUACAAAAAACCAGACUGAAAAUGAGCCUGCAUUUGAACCCGACGAACCACCGCCUACAAUAAACCAGACUGAAAAUGAGCCUGCAUUUGAACCCGACGAACCACCGCCUACAAAAAACCAGACUGAAAAUGAGCCUGCAUUUGAACCCGACGAACCACCGCCUACAAUAAACCAGACUGAAAAUGAGCCUGCAUUUGAACCCGACGAACCACCGCCUACAAAAAACCAGACUGAAAAUAGUGAUGAUUUUGAGGAAGGAUGUGACGAAAAAUUUGUAACAGUUAUAUUUCCUGAAUCAACAGACACAACGCCGUACAAAUAUCCAAAGAAAAAUUUAAAAAAAUUUAAAACACAGACUCUUACAAAAAAUCUUGAAAAUAAGCCUACAACUUUUCAAACUGUAUUAUCACUUAAGACAUCUACCUCAGCAAAAGAAUAUAUUUUGGAUAUAGACACUAUCAAUGUAAAUGAUUCAGAAUCAAGUGACCAUUCAUCAAGCACUAUGUCUAUUGAUACGUUUUCUUACAAUCAGUCAGAUAGUUCAUCAGCUAUUGUUUCAGUACCCAAGAACAAAAAAAAAACAUGUACUUGA